CGGUUUGGCCCUCGCGGGGCUCCGUCGGCGGUUGAACGGCGCCCGCGGUUCGCGGUGUUCCCGGUCCCGGUCCUGGGUCGCCAUGUGCUCCCUGGCGCUGUUCCCCCCCCCGCCCCCCCCCGGGUCCGUCACCCUCUAUGAGUUUAACAACGCUCUGCUCUGCGGGCGGCGGGGGGAGCCGCUGCCGCUCGACUUCCAGAGCCUGGUGAGGAGCCCCCCCCCGCGGACCCCCCGGGUGGGCUCGGGACCCCCCAGCCGCCCCGAGCCGGGGGCUCAGCCCUUCCUGCACCACCGCGAGGCCCUGUGGAAGAGGGUCCUGUGCGCCUGGCGGGACGCGGGGCUGUGCGGGCUGCUGAAGGAGAUCGUCAGCGCCGAGGAGGAGGGGCUGCAGUGGGCGAAGACGGCCCUGAGCUGCGUCCUGACCGUGUGCCGAUGGCUCUCCUCCCUGCACGGCUCCCUGCUGCCGCACCUCUCGCUGACCAGCGAGGACAUGAUUGCUGCCUUCUCGCAGGCGGUUGACUGGGCCGGCUGCAGCAUCCGCGCCUUCGCCUGGCACCCGCACACCAGCAAGUUCGCGGUGGCUCUGCUGGACGACUCCGUCCGGGUCUACAACUCGAGCAGGUCUCCCUGCUCCCCCGGCGGGUCUCGGCAGGCGUAUAAAGCCCUCCUUAAGAGAAGACUCUCCCAGCUCAUGCUGCGGCCCAAGCAGCGCUGCCCCGCUGAGCCGCUCUCCCCCAGCUGGGAUUUCAAGCCAGCAAGUGCCAGAUCUCCCCCCGGGCGCUGGGCGUUGAAUCACACAAGUGCCACCAUCCCAUCGCUGAAGCACCGCCUGCAGAGGAACGUGGCCGCCGUCGCCUGGAAGCCGCUGUGUGCCUCCAUCCUGGCCGUCGCCUGCCAGAGCUGCGUCCUCGUGUGGCACCUGGACCCCACGUCCCUCUCCACCAGACCCUCGUCCGGCUGCGCCCAGGUGCUGUCCUACCCCGGGCACAGCCCCGUCACCAGCCUGGCAUGGGCGCCCAGCGGGAAGCUGCUGCUCUCAGCCUCGCCGGUGGACACGGCCAUGCUGGUGUGGGACGUGUCCACCGAGAACUGCGUCCAGCUGCAGUGGUUCGGGGGCGGCGGGGUCACCUUCUUGGCGUGGUCCCCCGAUGGCAGCAAGGUCCUGGCAGCCACCCCCUCGGCGGUGUUCAAAGUGUGGGAAGCUCAGAUGUGGACGUGUGAGAAGUGGCCCACGAUCAAAGGGCGCUGCCAGACCGGGUGCUGGAGCCCGGACGGCAGCCGGCUGCUCUUCACGGUGCUGGGGGAGUCCGUCAUCUACUCCUUGUCCUUCUCCGAGUACAGGGGGGAGAUGCAGGGGCAAGUGGGAGGUUCGAAAACAGCUUCCAUCGUGGCAGAUCUGUCAGAGACCACCUUUGAGACGCUGUACGGGGAGGAGAGGAUCGGAGGAGCUGUUCAGUCCAUGGCGUGGGACCCCACGGGCGAGCGGCUGGCAGUGAUCAUCCGAGGAGAUCCCAGCGCUCCGGGGACGCAGACGGUGGUGGCCGUGUUCCGAACCCGCAACAGCCCCGUGUUUGAGCUCCUGCCCUGCGGGUUCCUGCGGGGCGAGCAGGGCGCGGAGCCCCAGCUCAUCGCCUUCCACCCCUGCUUCGAGAAGGGAGCGCUGCUGACCGUGUGCUGGUCCACGGGGACCAUCAGCCACAUCCCCUUCUUCUUCCUGAGCGCCCGCGUGCCGUACGCCAGCCCCGGCCGCAGCCCCGCCGUGGUGACGGCCAGCAGCAGCGUGCGGGAGCAGCCACUCUUCUCAGAGCUCUGACAGCCGCUUCUCAGAGCCAGGAUUUCCUGCGGGGUCCGUCUGCAGUUCCCUCUUCCUCAGGGCGCAGCGGAGCUCCGGUCCCUUCCCGUACCGCUGCAGGUUCAGUGCGGCUCCGUGCACUCAUCCGAUGGAACACGCGGCACGACGGGCGAGCGCUGUGCGGAUUAAAGGUGACUCCUCCUGCCCCA